GACAGAAGUAAGAAACUCCGAAAUUGCCACUUUAUCAACCGAUCUGGCAAUUUUCCCAUUUCCGUCGCACGAUCCGGCCCACAUAUAUCUCCGCAUUGGCCGCUGAUCAUUGAACCUUGGAAGAUCUAAGGGACUGGCAAAGAGUCCGAAGAAUUGCCCUCUCUUCAUCCAAUCAGGUAAUUUUCCUUCAUAUGGACAGGACAGGGCAGGACAGGACAGGACAGGACAAAACAAGACAGCUGAUCAUCAACACGAUCUAUAAAUCUGUAACCCCAGUUUCCACACUUCCCUGCCAAUCCCCCUCACCCUCACCCUCACCCCCUCACCCCCUCACCCUCACCCUCACCCUCACCCUCAAACCCCCACGUAUGACCUGGGUGCUUUUUUGGCCAUGACCCCAAGAAAUGUUUAUUCCCCUUUCUAACGGAACUCAAUACGUAGCUUGAUCUUGGCAAUGAUCAUCCAGGUACCCAGCUAUGAUAUCGUAAUAGCUCCCGUUUGAAAGGCCGAGACAAAGUAUAAUAGAUAUACAGGCACUGGAGAGGACGUCCGAUGAUGUCGACAAGCUCAACAUUAUCAGAGCCGAGAUGAAAAAGCCCGGCGCGGGGAAAGAUAAGGCGGAAUUUCGACGAUAUGAUGGCGCGAAAGACCAUGUUAGAUUAUUUUACACAGAACAACAUCUCAAACAAACCGUGGAAUACAAUAUCACGGUCCGUGAAGAGUUCCGGAACAGAGACCCGUGGUGGAUGGGAGCUAUGGAAGGUGCACUGCUUCUCAACAAAUUCGUUGAUCAGUCAGACCCUGACACUGAGGUUGGUCAACUGGAGCACCUUUUCCAGACAUCUGAGGCGAUCAGAGAGGCUGGACGGCCCGAAUGGAUGGUCGUGGCUGGAUUCGUUCAUGACUUGGGCAAACUAUGGUGUCUCAUGGGGGGCCAAGGACAGUGGGAUACUGUCGGAGAUACCUUCCCAGUAGGCGCUGAGUAUUCGAAGAAGAUUGAACUUUACGAGAGUCUCAAAGAGAACCCGGACUUCAACAAUCCUCGCUAUAACUCCAAAUAUGGUAUCUAUUCUCCAGGUUGUGGAUUAGACAAACUCAUGAUGUCAUGGGGUCAUGACGAAGUUCUGUACCAGAUUCUCAAGGACCAAUCUACACUCCCACCUGAGGCAUUGGCAAUGAUCCGAUACCAUUCGUUCUACCCAUGGCAUUUCGAGAAUGAAUAUUCACACUUUGAGAACGAACAUGAUCGAGCGAUGAAGCCUUGGGUGAAGGAUUUCAACCAGUUUGAUCUUUACAGCAAGAGUGAUAGCCCUCCCGAUGUUGAAAAGCUUAUUCCAAUUUACGAGGAAAUAUUUGCCAAGUAUUUUCCAGAUAAGGUCAACUUUGGCAAACUUGCAAAGCGACCAACAAGCAGCAGUAGCAGCAGCGGCAACAGUAGCUCUUGAGUACUCGGAUAUGAUUAAGGAAUGACUCUCACGCUUUACGAAAUUAUGAGAACUUUCGAAGCAAACAACGAGCGGAUAUCAUGGGUAAACUUUUGUAUUUGAUAGGUGUUUUUAUUUAUUUUAGUACUGGUAGACUUAUAGGGGCAAUUUAAAAGCAAUUUAGAAAUUACCUAGUUAUCA